AGCUUAAACGCUUAGCCGCAUAGGUUUUCUGAGGGACCUAGAGGGGCACAUCAUGGGCUCUGGGUUUCGUCUCUUGAACCAGGCCAUUCCAGCCGGGUGAGGGAUAAUGUCUAACAACAUGGCCAAGAUUGCAGAGGCGCGGAAGACGGUGGAGCAGCUGAAACUGGAAGUGAACAUCGACCGCAUGAAGGUGUCCAAGGCAGCAGCCGACCUCCUGGCCCACUGUGAAGCCCACGCCAAGGAGGAUCCGCUGGUGACCCCGGUGCCAUCAGCGGAGAACCCCUUCCGCGAGAAACGGCUCUUUUGUAUCGUGCUGUGAGCCUGGAAGUGGCUUGGCGGGGGAGACAAAUGGCAAACUCCUCCCACUUCCAGACCAGGGCGGUGGUGGGCGGAACUUCCUCUUGUAUGUUCAUGGUAUACCCUGAUCCCCUUUCAAAUCUGCAUUUCUAACCUGGUCCUAUG